AUGAACGCCACGUCAGCCACUAUCCAAACCGCGUCGGAGCCCUGGGAGGAGGCGAUUAGCUCGCAGCUCGCGGCGUGGUUCGACGACUCGCACUGGACGGACGAGCCGCCUUCCAUGAAAGUUACCGUUGGGGACCACGGCCGCGGCCAGCUAGACGGAGUCGCGACGGUCGCUCUUCCCCCAGACACGGUUUUCUCGAUCCUCUGCGACCCGCACAACCGCCGCGUGUUCACGUUCAUAAAGUCAGUCAAGAACGAGCGCGUCGUGAGUGACUCUAACGGGGUGAGAGUGGUCGAGCUGGACAUAGUGUUCACGCUCAAGGUGCCCUUCUUUACAGGCACGUUCGACGCGCACCUGCGCAACGUGCAUGUCCGCCCCAACCGCAGGGUCACCUUCUGCCUGUCGCGCCCCGGCUUCAUGCGUAAAUUCGAAGGCUACUGGCAGGUCGAGCCGCUCCUCGUUCCCGCUUCUGCCACUUACGCCACCUCCCCCUCUUCCGCCGCUUCCGCCGCUUCCGCCGCUUCCGCUGCUUCCGCCGCGCCAUCCGCCAGCGAUGUGCCGUCAUUUCUCUCAGCAGAGGGUGACCCUGAGUCGGAGUCGUUCCCCUCCGUUUCCUUCACUCCUCAAUCGCCGCUCUCAGAUGUCAUGUUUCUGGGCAGCUCAUGCGACAGCGAUUCCGAGUUCGGUUCGGACCUAAAUUCGUCUGGCAGCGAUUCGUCCAACAGUGCCAGCAGCAGCCCGGACCGCUUCCCUGCCCGCGUGAUACCAGACCCCACCACCACCACAAGCGUCGGCAGCUUGUGCGGCAGCGGUGGUGGGUUAGGCGGAGACGACACGCGCGGGUCAGGCAGGUUAGGCGAGGACAGCGGGUUAGGCGCGGACGGCGGGUUAGGCGGGGACGGCGGGUUAGGCGGAGAUGCUGGCAUGCGCGUGGCGUCGCGCCUGGUGCUGCAUCAGGUCGUGGAGCCAUCGCUAGCGCCACCCCCGAUGUUCAGACGCUGCGUUCACGUGCUGCUCAAGGCAGCGACACGCGAUGUGCUUGUCGUUUUCCAGUACGAAGCCGCACGCAUUCGGAACAGCAAGGGGAAAUUCCCCUGGAGAAAUGGGGCGGAAGCGGGCGCGGAGGAAGGGGAGGAGGAGGGGAAAGGAAAGGCGGGGAAGAGCUCGAAGCUGGGAGCGAUGUUUUUGCACAAGGAGGCGCUUGGGGGGAAGAACAGUGUGUUUGGCGUGGGGAAGGGGGGGUUUGGCCCCUCUCCUCCUUUCCCUCUCAGCCCCUCCUUUCCCUCUCAGUCCCUCUCCUCCUUUCCCUCUCAGCUCCUAUCCUCCUUUCCCUCUCAGCCCCUCUCCUCCUUUCCCUCUCAGCCCCUCUCCUCCUUUCCCUCUCAGCCCCUCUUCCCUUUCCCUCUCAGCCCCUCUCCUCCUUUCCCUCUCAGCUCCUCUCCACUUUUCCCUCUUCUCACGCUGCUUCCCCGCUUCGUCCCCCACUCCCCUUGUCAUUCCUUCCGUUUCCCCCAUGCCCAUUUCCCUCCAUUUACCCCAUUGUCUUACUCACUGUUUCAUCCGUGCCCGAAUCUUCCCUUCCCGUCACCAUGCUUACCCUCCCAUCCUCCCUCUCUGUUGUCCUUGCUUCUGCUGCAUCCCUACCCUCUUCAAUUUGACACCCUACACCCUUUCCUCCUCUGUCCUCCCUCUCCUCACUGCUUUUCUCCUCCCAUCCCUCUCCCUCUCUCCUUCCGUCUCUCUCCGACGCAUAUCGCCCAUCCGCAUGCUUUCCAGGAAUCCCCACAUUCCGCCCAAUGUCCGACGUCCAUCCUCACAUUCCUCUUCGCCUCCCUCAUCCCAUCCCUCACCACUUCCCUCCCUCCUCCAAUCCCUCUCCAUUUCCCUCCCUCCUCUCAUGCCGUCAAACACUCAUUCCAUCACAUACUUAUUCUGUCAAACAUUCGUAUGCCCUGUUUCUCCCUCUGUUUCCCCUUGUCCUUCCCUCCGUUUCCCCCUUUUCCCUCCCUCCCUUCCCCCUUGUCCUUCCCUCCGUUUCCCCCUUUUCCCUCCCUCCCUUCCCCUUGUCCUUCCCUCCGUUUCCCCCUUGUCCCUCCCUCCCUCCCCCCUUGUCCUUCCCUCUGCCCUCCACCCCUUCCCUCCCUCCCUCCCUCCCUCCUCCCGUGCCUCCCCGCCCGUCUCCGCCUCACAGCUCCGUCUUCUCUCGAUUCCCAUCCCUCCUUUCUCCGCCUACGUCCUCCCAUCACUCACUCACUCGCUAAAUUCAUUUGCCGCUCGACACCUCGUCGCCCACGCGCUGCUCCCACUGCGCCCCACGCUGCUUCCCCACAUUCCCUCCCACUCCCCUGUCCUUUCGCUUCUCACAUGCCCAUUUCCCCGGGCCCGCUGCCCUCGCUCGCCUCACUCCUCUCCUCCUCGCCUCUGCUCCACCCUUAUUCCCACACCACCACUCCCCUUCCCUCCCUUCAAAUGUCCUCCCUUCUCACUCCAAG